CUGUCCCUUUAAGAGUAAAGUGCAGGAAAGAGGAGUGUAGAAGUUUGAAAUUUCUGGCUCCUCCUCCUGUUUUGGCCAUCCUAGUUUCCUUGUUUCCAGGGGCCUUUUGUUGCGUAGUAUGGCCAGCAUGGGUUCGUCGCUCGAAAUACCUUCCCGUGCGGACACCGAUUGCCCCCUCUGCUCAGGAAAAUGCCGGGAGCCCUCCUUCCUACCGUGUGGACACUGUUUCUGCCGGGCCUGCAUCCAGGAAGUGUGGAGCAGCUCCCCUACGGGGCCGUAUUACUGCCCCGAGUGCAGAGAGGAGUACAGGAAGAUGCCUGCUUUUGAUAGACACGGAGGGGGCCCACCUACCGCCGCUAUGGGAACACAAGGACGCGGGGCGUUUUUCUCUUCAGAUCGCUCGGAUGGAGAAAUGCCCUCCACCUCCACCUCCGCACUCUUAUCUAACCUCACCCAGCGGCUUGGAAAGAGACGGGCGCCCUCCUUUUCCCGGACGGAGAGGAGAGAAAGAGGGGACCCUCCUCCUUCUGUUUCUCCUCCUCCUCCUCCUACUCCGUCAUCUACCGCUCGCGCAGCCUCCGCCGGGCCCGACGGCUCGGUGCGCUGCAGCUACUGUGCCUCGCCCGGCCAGCAGGUGGCGGUGAAGACCUGCCUGGUGUGCGGGGCGUCCAUGUGCGCGGCGCACCUGCGGCACCACCUGGAGUCGCCGGAGUUCCAGGCGCACCCGCUGGUGGCGCCCGUGGCGGACGUCUCCGCGUGGCGCUGCGCGGAGCACCAGGAGGCCAAGAAGAUCUACUGCCGGGACUGCGCGGCGUGCGUGUGCACCGUGUGCACCGUGAUCGGGGCGCACCGCGACCACGCCUGCGUCGGCGUCGCCGAGGCCGAGGGCCAGCUGAGGGGCAGCCUGAGAGAUGACAUGAAGAAAAUGAAAGAGAACGAGGAGGUCAUCCGAAGCAGAGUGGCCAGUCUCCAAGAGAAGGAGCAGAAUAUUCAGGAGACUCUGGACCAGUCCCGGGACAGUCUGAGGCAGCAGUACCAGGCCAUGAGGGAAGCGUUGGACAGGCAGGAGCUGAUGGCUCUGCAGGUCGUGGACCGGGAGGAGCGUCGGGUUCUGGGGGGCGUCCAGGCCCAGCUGGAGCUGCUUCAGGAGGAGCUGAGAUCCAUCCAGACCAGCCUGGACACCCUGGAGGGGCUGUCCAAUUCCAAGGGUGCCGAGCGGGUCAAAGGGCAGGCCUUCAUCAUGGAAUACAGCAAGAUUUCCGAAAGUGUGACAGCGAUGUCCAGCCCGUUAGGGGAGCUGGAGCCCCUGCAGGAGGUCGACCGUGCCCGACUGGGACAGCUGGAGGAAUGGGCCGAGAGGAGGCUGAACGCGUUCCUGCAGGCCACGAUGGACCGGGACGCCCUGCGACUGCUCUAUGGGAUCACCCCCUCUCUGGAUCCCGACACCGCUCAUCAGAAGCUGGUUCUGUCGGAGGGGUACACCAGGGUGACCCACAGCGACGAGCCCCAGCCGUACCCCGACCAGCCGGCCCGCUUCAGCACCUUCCCCCAGGUGCUGGGCGCCAGGGCCCGGGACGGGGGGCGGAGCUACUGGGAGGUGGCGGUGACGGGGGACGGCCGCUGGAAGGUGGGCGUGUGCGACGCCCUCCUCGGACGCAAGGGGGCGAAGGACGCCUGCCGAAUCGGGUUCAACCCCCACUCCUGGUGCCUGUUCGGCGAGCGGGGCAAGAUGGAGGCCCUGCACAACAAGGAGUCCUUCCCCGUGGAGGGCGGCGUCCCCGAGAGGGUGGGGGUGUUCCUGGACAUGGAGAAGGGAAUCCUGUCGUUCUACGCCGUGCCUGAAGGGGGCACCCUCACCCUGCUGCACAGCUUCACGCAGGCGUUCGCUCAGCCCCUCUUCCCCGCGCUGGCCGUGUCCAAAAUGGAGCUGGCCUUCUGCCACCUGUUCCAGUGAACUUGCCCCCUCGCUCUCCCCAGUAACUGGUUGUUUUGGCUUCGCAGGGAUAGUAGAGAAGGAACUUUUAUCUCCUAAAUGCACUUUACCAACAUUACAAAGCAAAAUGCUGACAAGCAAAGCAUUGUAGUAGAAUUGUAGUUGUGGACUGUGAUAAACAGUCCAUGGGCAUUUUAUGCAUAAACACCAGCCAUCCAAUAUGAAAGCCUUAGCUUUGGUCGAAGAGUGUGUUGCUGAAUAUUUGUUGUGUGCAUUUGAAAGAUUUUUUUUUUAAUUUUUUUAAAUGAACACCAAACCCAACCCCCCCCCCCCCAAUCAACUGCACAAACUUUCUUAAAACCUAUCCACUACAACAGGGCAGCUAGUGUCCUCCAUAACAAUGACACAAAUGAUAGCAUUUUUUAAAAUUAUUAGUCAUAAUUAUAAAUUCAAAUUGCAGUUUGAACGACCUUUUCUGAGUUUAGGAAGAGCUGUUGUAAGGCAGAUUUAGAACAUUUUUAAAUAUUUUAAAUAAAAAAUGAACUUUAAAUAAAAAACCUUUGCAUUUCAAAAUAUGCUAUCCCAGUGUGUCGGACAUCUCAAUGUUUGAGUCAUGGAGGUUACUGGCUUACAUGCAUUGCAAAGUGAUCUGAAGCCAGCAGGUUUCUCUCUCUUUUAAUGGAGCACGUUAAAAGCUUCAGACAAGAAAGCCUUGUGAUCUUCAUGAAAAUUCAUUGAAAAUGGCAAACACUAAGUAUUUGCUCGUGAAAGAUAAGGGAAACAAAGCUACGAAGUACAGAGCACCAUGGUGUGGCCCUUCUCAACAAGUAACAAAACACACCCGCAAGAACAAACAGAAAGCAACAAGGACGCAGGUCUACAGAGCUCACUUUAUUUUCAGAAUGAGUGCAGGCGGUUGUGGACGCCGCUGAGACACAGAUAACUGCCAUUUUUCUUGUACAUUCGAUGCUGAAAUGUGGUGCGUUGACUCCAGCCUGACCUUGAGGGUGAGUGAGCUAGUGAGUGAGUGACUACUUUGAAAUAAAAACCAGUUACUUUUUUUU